GCGUUAAUAUCAAACCUCAAUAAGCAUCACAUAAAAAAGAGGCUUCAUUUCGUCGUCGUUUCAACUCUCUCUGUCUACAUUCUCCAUUUGCACCAAAUUCUCUGCGCGAUUCGAGUUUGGGAUUUCAGGGUUUUGGACGAUGAACGUGGGCGACCUAAACAAGGUUUGGGAAAUCAGGGCUCUGAAGAGGAAACCCGCGGCUGAAGAAGCCACGAAGAUGUUGGAAAAGAUCGCCAAACAGGUCCAACCCAUCAUGCGCAAACACAAAUGGAGGAUCAAACUUCUCUCUGAAAUGUGCCCAAGCAAUCCACGUCUUCUGGGGUUGAAUGUUGGAGCUGGUAUACAUGUGAAGUUGCGGCUACGGAGACCGAACAGGGAUUUGGACUUCUACCCGUUUGAUCAGGUUCUGGAUACGAUGCUUCAUGAGCUUUGCCAUAAUGCCCAUGGCCCUCAUAAUGCCAACUUCUACAAGCUCUGGGAUGAACUUAGAAAGGAAUGUGAAGAGUUGAUGGCUAAGGGAAUAAGUGGUGCUGGGGAGGGAUUUGAUCUUCCAGGAAGGCGUUUAGGUGGUUAUUCCCGUCAACCUCCACUUUCAUCCCUCCGUAAAACUGCACUGGAAGCUGCAGAAAAAAGAGUACAAUUGGGAUCUCUUCUUCCGUCUGGGCCAAAACGUCUAGGUGGUGAUAGUGUUAUAAUGAGGGCCCUUAGUCCAGUACAAGCUGCUGCAAUGGCUGCAGAACGGAGAUUACAGGAUGACGUAUGGUGUGGUUCUCAAUCUUGUGAAAAUUUGGAUCAUGAAGAUGUUGACUAUGAAGUUGCUGAGAACAUCGUGCAUAAGGGGGAAAAUGUGGGAAGCUCAAGACAAACAGACAAUUCUACUCUACCUUCGAAUCUGUUAUCUCGAAAAAGAAGUCAGGAUACCAAUUCAAGUUUACCUGCUAAGUCAUCAUCUAGUACUUCUGAAUUUGUAGAUUUGACUAUGGAUACACCGAAAAGUAGACCUGACAAGGAGCAUCAAACUGGACCUAAACGAAGAUGCGGUGGAUCAGAAAGCUUUUCACAUUCUCAAUCAAAUUAUCAGGCAGGAUCUAGUUCAGCAAAUUUAUCAAGUGUAUCUGGGCGACAUUCUGAAGAAUCUGGAAUGUGGGAGUGUACAAUGUGCACUCUGUUGAAUAAAAGAUUGGCUCCCAUAUGUGAGUUGUGUGGCACUCAACAGCCAAAAGAUUUUAGUACCAAAUGCAACACUUGGUCUUGUAAAUUCUGUACGUUGGAAAACAAUGUGAAGUUGGAGAAGUGCUCAGCCUGUGAUCAGUGGAGAUACUCUCAUGGCCCAUCAGUGUCAAUCCGAGCACCCAACCUUGGUACAUAGAAGAGCUGCGUAGUUUGCUUAAUGGAGCACUUUUGAUCCAUUUUUGGCUUUAGUCUUUACAAAAUUGCAUUACUUUCUCCACCAAUCUAUUUAUUUUUGGUUUCUUAUUUUUCUGUGCAUUGGUCUAUAUCUUCUAAUUCGGAGAUAUGCUUUUCUAUUAGUUAACGCUCCUAAAAUUUAUCAAUAGAAUAGAAACAUCUUUAAACUUUA